AUGCGAUACAGAUGUAUCUCUAGAAUUUGGCAUACUCUAUUACAAUCCUCUUAUUUUAUCAAUCUUCAUUUCAAGUGCCCCAUCACCACCAAAGACCAAUUUAUUCUCUUUAAACGAUCUCUUCAAGAAGAAGAAGGGGAAUUUAAAAAUCUCUUGUCUUUUCUUUGUGGUGGUGAUGAUAGUGAUGAUCUUAUCCCCAUUUCUCCAAAUAUAGAAGUUCCAUAUCUAUGUUCUAGUUAUGCUAGUCUAUCUCAUAGUCUCAUGGGGCCUUGCAAUGGUCUGAUUGUUCUGACUGAUACCCAAAGCAUUGUCUUACUUAAUCCCGCCACAAGAAAAUACAACAUGCUUCAACCCAGUCCAUUUGGCUGUCCACAGGGUUUCAACCGUUAUGUUUGUGGUCUAGGAUUUGGCUUCGACUUGACGGUGAAUAAUUACAAAGUCGUUAGGAUUUCAGAAAUAUAUUCGGAUCCCUACAAGGAUCCUUGCGUGAGAGGGUUCAAAGUUGAGAUUUAUGAUUUGGACAUUGAUUCUUGGAGAGAACAAAACUACGAGGAGGAAGAGUUGCCCUUGGUGUUUUGGGUUCCUUGUUCAGAGAUCUUUUACAAGGGAGUUGUUCAUUGGUUUGCAACUGCAGAUACAGAGGUAAUUCUUUGUUUUGAUAUGAGCACUGAUACAUUUCGUACUAUGAAGAUGCCGGACACUUGUUAUGUUCUUGAUGGGAAGUGUUAUGGCCUUGUAAUUUUUGAUAAGUCUCUCACAUUGAUUUGUUAUCGUGAUCCAACAUGUGAGAUUGAUCCAACAGUGGAUAUGAUGGAUAUUUGGACAGUGAAAGAUUAUGGUGUAAAUGAUUCUUGGAUUAAGUUAUACACUAUUAGACCUCUUCCUAUUGAAUCCCCUUUAACGGUUUGGAAGGAUUUAUUGCUUCUUCAAAGUAGAACUGGACAAUUGAUUUCCUACAAUUUUAUUUCGGACGAAGUAAAGGAAUUUAAUUUACAUGGAUAUCCUUCAAGCUUGAGGGUUGUAGUUUACAAGGAAAGUUUGACUUCAGUUCCAAAAGAAAACGGGCAAGGCACACAAGCUCAAGGAAUUUAGAAAUGGUAUGGCUCUUUUGUUGUUUAUUUAUUUUUUUUUUUUUUAUUUUUUUUGUUUUUUGACGAGUUAGUACCUAGUCUUCAAGAUACAGAAAAUUUUGGUGAAAUGUUUCAACACUUAUCCUUUGGUAAUUAGUUGAAAGGUUUUAACACUUAUCUUUUGGUGAUUAGUUGUUACCAUGAGCAACAACCAAAUUAGAAAUAAUUUAUGUGCUAUAAUUUAUUUGAAUGAUAUUUAAUCUAGCACUCAGAAUUGAUAUUUUUUUUAUUUGUGCUUACCUAGAUAAUAAAAAAAUUAGA